CUGUCUGCGGUACUCCUGUGGCUGAGCCCAACGCGGCGGCUGCGGGCUGCGGGCUCCGAGGCGGGGCAUGCGGGGGGCGCUCGGAGGCAGCGCGGCCCUGUGGGCUGUGCUGGCCGCCCGCGUGGUGGCGGCGUUCGAGCCUGUGAGCGUAGGCAUCGCCAUCGGGGCCGUGUCGGCGCUCACCGGAUACCUGUCCUACACCGACUGGUACUGCCGCUUCGCCGAGUGCUGCCACGAGGAGCGGCCGCUCAACGCGUCCGCCCUGAAGCUGGACUUAGAGGAGAAGCUGUUCGGACAGCAUCUAGCCACCGAAGUGAUUCUGAAGGCACUGACUGGCUUCAGGAACAACAAAAAUCCCAAGAAACCACUGACCCUGUCCCUGCAUGGCUGGGCUGGCACAGGCAAGAAUUUUGUCAGCCAGAUUGUGGCCGAAAACCUUCAUCCAAAAGGCCUGAAGAGUAACUUUGUCCACCUGUUUGUAUCAACGCUUCACUUUCCUCACGAGCAGAAGAUAAAACUGUACCAGGACCAGCUCCAGAAGUGGAUCCGUGGCAACGUGAGUGCAUGCGGUAGCUCUGUCUUCAUAUUUGACGAGAUGGAUAAGUUGCACCCUGGGAUCAUUGAUGCCAUCAAGCCCUUUCUGGAUUACUACGAGCAGGUGGAUGGGAUCUCCUACCGCAAGGCCAUCUUUAUCUUCCUCAGUAAUGCAGGCGGGGACCUCAUAACUAAGACGGCCCUGGACUUCUGGCGGGCAGGAAGAAAGAGGGAAGAGAUCCAGCUGAAGGACCUGGAGCCUGUGCUGUCCGUGGGCGUCUUCAACAACAAGCACAGUGGCCUAUGGCACAGUGGGCUCAUAGACAGAAACCUCAUCGACUACUUCAUCCCCUUCCUGCCCCUGGAGUACAGACAUGUGAAGAUGUGUGUGCGGGCAGAGAUGCGGGCCCGAGGGGCUGCUGUGGAUGAAGACGUUGUCACCAGGGUGACAGAGGAAAUGACCUUUUUCCCCAGGGAUGAGAAGAUCUACUCGGACAAGGGCUGUAAGACUGUGCAGUCCCGGCUGGAUUUCCACUGAGCUCUUGGCCAUUCAGGGUGAGAGGAUUCAGGGAGACCUGCCCCCCAGGCCUUGCCUUGUAGAAGCACUUUGAAGACCCCUUCAGGGCUUUGCACAUUUGCACCUGUGGACUUUACUCUUGGGAAUAGAUGCUCUAAGAGUUAAUUUUUAAGGCCACUAAUCUGCCCAUGCAGCGUGAUGGCGACUGAAGGACUCUGAAAACCCCUCAGUUACCAACCGCAGUCAAGUGCCUGGAAACAGCUGAGUGCUCGCGGUGUGGGGGGGGGGUCCUUUGUGGCCCACAGCGCCUUGCCACAGGCAGCACUGCUGGGACAGGGCCCCAGUGCCCUCCUGCCACCGGAUGUCGGGGUUCACUGCUGGAAGCAACUUUCCUGCUUUUUCUUGCCCAGAGUGUGUGUUCACUGACCUCACAUGUUUCAGACGGAGUUGGUGGCUCCAGGAUCAGACUGUGUCUGAGGAGAGCCUGUGGGCCUGGACUGUAUGCCAAGUUCUUUUAACCUGGGCUGACCUGUCAGUGAGUGGUGGGGCUCUGCCAAGGCCUGUCGCACACCAGGACAUAGGGCCUUUGGGUCUGUGCCUUGCCAUGGCUGCUGCUCCUGCCCUAGCUGUGGGAUUCCCUACCCGUCUCCACUGUGUGGGCUCUAGCUUGCCUUAAACUGUGGUCACUUCCAGAUCCCCAGCCGCCUCACUAGUCUCAUCAGACUGAGGAUGUAGGAUCUUUACAACGUCUUUGGUUCCCAUGUUUGUUACACUUGAUGGAAAGGUGAAGCCCACCCAGCUGCACAGAACCAGGCGAAUGUAUAGGAAGACGUGCUGACCUGGCCAAGCCCUGCAGUCAGCUCCUGGGGAGUGGCACACCGGAGAUGCUGUUUUCAUGAGUAUGUGUUGUUUUGUUUUGAAAUCACGUUUUUACUUCUGACUUUAGGUAAAAAAGUGCUAAAUGACACAUUUUAAAACGUAGGAAGGACAUAAAAUGGAAUAAUUGAUUAUUCGCAGGUUCUCUUAAAUGAAAAGUAGACAUUUUUAUUGUUCAUGGGUGUGAGAGCACACACGUGCAACCCCAGCUGUAGGAGGUCGUCGUCCUCUGCUAUGAAGUGAGUUUGAGGUCAGUUUGAACUAUAAGAGACCUGCUCUCAAAAGACAAAAAAAAAAAAUUAAAAAAAGGUCAAAGUGCAAAGUGGUACUAUAUGGUCACAACUGGAGACCCCACAAAGAAGUGGGGCGUCAUCUUGGGGGACUCCCAGUGCCAGACUGGGCUGCCCUGAUUGUUGGGAAAUGAGCCUUGCAGUCAGUCCAUCCAGCAUGACUCCUGCCCCAGAGUUGCAGUGCAGCUGUGGGCUCAGUGUGAGGAUGGUGUAUAGUGUUUAUAUAUAUAAAAUGUAUUUUUAUAACAUGGAAAUGUCUUACAGAAUAUCACACUGUCCUUUAAAAAUACCAAGGUAAGCCAGAUACCAUGGUACAUGCCUUUACUCCCAGUAUUUGGGAGGCCACAGCAGGAGGAUUGCCUCAAGUUGGAGACCAGCCUGGGCCACAGUGAAUACAAGGCCAGCGAUGGCACUUGUCUGAAAUCCUAGCACUCAGGAGGAUCAUGAGUUUGAGGUCAGCUUGAGCUACACAGGAAGACCCUGUAUCUGGAAACAGCAGACAACUGCCAAAGUGAGCCUUGAGUUUGAUGACACCUCAUCAGAGCCACGUGGCCAUUCUUUUAUAAGCUGUCAGGUGUCUGGUCAAGAAGAGACAAGCUUCUCUUCCCUGUUUACAAUGAUGCAACACAUGGACACGUGUUGACCACCUUUGGACUGCUGUUACUGGUUAGUAACUUGGAAAGGCCUGGGGUUGGCCUGUCCUAGCCUCCUCCACCUGUCUGCCAGGAGCUUGAAUUGACUUACUGGAUGAAAAUAAUAAAAGCAGCAUGCACACUGAGGUGCCA